CACUUUUCUCGCUCACCCACUCCCGGAGCCGGAGGUGGUACAGCUUCCCUCUGCUCAUUCAUCAUCUCCCUCUGGCCCCUGCUUGUGGCCUUCGCGCUAGACGAUUGUGCUGAACCUCUGCUGAACUCACAGACAACAUGGCUCCGAAGAACAAGGGAAAGAAGGGAAAGAAGCAGGACGAUGAUGAGUUCUGGGAGAACUCUGGCACCUCUAUUGCCAACAAUAAUGCUGGACCUUCAGCAGACGCUGCUGCGGCAUCUGAUGACGAUCUGAAGCCAGCCAAGAAGCCAGGAUUCUCUGCGUUCACAACACUCGAGACAGACGUUGGCGAUGCGAUGCCCGAACAGGAGGAAGACUUCGGAGGCCUCAUGUCGACCAUCAAGGCGGCCUCCAAGGGUAAGAAGAAGGAUAAGAAGGGCAAGAAGACCGAUGUCUCCUUCGCUGAUGGGCCUGAGCCUGGCGAAGGCUCCGACACAGAGGCUGCUGCUGCAAAAGGCGACAUUAGUGCAGCCAAGAAGCCAGUCGAGGUGACGGCCGAGGACCUCGCGGACGAGGAAUGGGGCCCUGUGAAGGAGAAGGGUAAGAAAGGGAAGAAGGGUAAAGGGAAGAAGGACAAGGCCCAGGCCGACGAUGCGGAGGAAGAGGCUGAAGCUCCAGCGCCAGAGGCGCCACCUGCACCCACUGAGGCACCGGCGGCGGUGCCGCCCAAGGAGGAUGCUGAGGAGAAGGAAGAUGGUGAGGCGGACGAGGGUUCCAAGGUCCUUUCCAAGAAGGAGAAGGAGAAGCUCAAGAAAGAGAGGGAAAAGGCGAAGAAGAAAGCCCAGGCUGCAGCUAAGAAGGCCGCACAAGCCGGAGAGGAGCCUGCAGCAGAGCCUGCACCUGCACCCGCCGCUGCGCCUGCAUCAGCAGAAAAGGAAGACGAGGAUGAGGAGGAAGGCGAAGCCGGUGCAGCCAAAACCGACUCCAAGAAGAAAAAGAAAAAGAAGGCGAAGAAAGAUGAGGAGCCCGCGCCCGCACCAGCCGCCGCCGCUGGCAAGAAGAAGGGCGGCGCGAUCAGUGCGCUGAAGGCGCUGAUGGAGGAGAAGAAGCGGAUCGAGGAGGAGGCACGGAGACGCGAGGAGGAGGAGAGGAAGCGGAUCGAGGAGGAGGAGCGGAAAGCAGAGGAAGAGGAGAGGCGGAAAGAGGAGGAGAAACAGAGGAAGAAGGAGAAGGAGAAGGCUAAGCGCGAGCAGGCGAAGAAGGAGGGCCGGCUGCUCACCCCGAAGCAAAAGCAGGAGCAGCGCAUGGCAGAACUCCGCAAGCAAGCGCUCCUGGCCUCCGGUGUGCAGAUCGAGGGUCUACAGCAGCAGGGCCAAGCGUCCAAGAAACCUGUGUACGGCGACAAGAGGAAAAAGAAGGGCACCACUAGCAUGACAACGGGCAGCGGUCCGUCAACACGAGAACCUUCACCCGUACGAGAGAAGUCCGCCACGCCCGAGCCCGCUCUGGCCCCAGUUGCUAAGCCUAUUGAGCAGAAAGAGGAGAAAGAGGAGAAGGCUGAGGAUGUCAAGUCUGACUGGGACGUUAGCAGCGAUGAGGAGAAGUCUGCCGCUGUGAAAGAUUCGUGGGAUGCGAGCAGCGACGAGGAGGAGGCGAAGCCUGCCGCACCGGCUAAGGCUGCAGCUAACGGCGCAAGCAAGACAUCAGCAAAACAAGCUACACCGGCCAAGCAGGCUGCACCCACCGCGAAAGCUACAUCAGCCAAGCAGACUGCACCUACUGCGAAAGCUGCUCCAGCAGCCAAGGCUGCCCCUGCACCUGCCCCUGCAGCACCCAAGGCGAAUGGCAAGCCAAACGGCGCCAAGGCUCAGGCAGAAGAGGAGUCUUCUUCCGAGGAAGAGAGCUCGUCAGAAGAGGACUCAUCCGACGAGGACUCCGACUCUGAUGAGGAUUCGUCUGAGGAGGAGGGUAUCUCGAAAACACAGCAGAUGGCGGCACAGCGCAAAGCCGAGGCAGCGCAGCGCAGGGCGAAGGCGCACGAGGCGGCGCUGGCUGCGAGGGAUAAGAAUGAUUUGCGUAGCCCAAUUUGCUGUAUUUUGGGACAUGUCGAUACGGGUAAGACGAAGUUGCUUGACAAGAUUCGGCAAACGAACGUCCAGGAGGGCGAAGCGGGUGGUAUCACCCAGCAGAUCGGUGCGACCUACUUCCCUGUCGACGCCAUCAAGACGAAGACGGCCGUCCUCAACAAGGAGGGAGAUCAAGAGUACAAGAUCCCUGGUCUCCUCGUCAUUGAUACCCCCGGUCACGAAUCCUUCACGAACCUGCGGACACGUGGAAGUUCGCUCUGUAACAUUGCCAUCCUAGUCGUCGACAUCAUGCACGGCUUGGAGCCCCAGACGCUUGAGUCGCUGCGGUUGCUCAGGGAUCGCAAGACACCGUUCAUCGUCGCCCUGAACAAGAUUGAUCGUAUGUACGGCUGGGAGGCAACACCGGACAACGACUUCCGAAGCUCGCUCGCCAAGCAGAAGCCAUCCGUCCAGCGCGAGUUCGAGGAUCGCACGCAGAAGACGAUUCUCGCCUUCGCCGAGCAGGGGCUCAACGCCGUGCUCUACUACGAUAACAAGAACUUCGCGCGCAACGUCUCGCUCGUACCCACGUCCGCCAUCACGGGCGAGGGUGUGCCGGACAUGAUCAUGCUCCUCGUGAACCUCACGCAGCAGCGCAUGAGCGACCGACUGAUGUACCUGAGCGAGCUCGAGUGCACGGUGCUCGAGGUGAAGGUCAUCGAGGGCCUCGGCACGACGAUCGACGUCGUCCUUUCGAACGGUAUCCUCAGGGAGAGCGACCGGAUCGUGGUCUGCGGGCUGAACGGGCCAAUCGUGACGCAGGUGCGCGCGCUGCUGACGCCGCAGCCCUUGCGCGAGCUGCGGAUCAAGUCUGCGUACGUGCACCACAAGGAGAUCAAGGCGGCGAUGGGUGUGAAGAUCGUCGCGCCGGACCUCGAGAAGGCGAUCGCGGGUUCGCGGCUGAUGGUUGUGGGCCCCGAUGACGACGAGGAGGAGAUGAUGGACGAGAUCAUGUCCGACCUGACGUCGCUCCUCAACUCGAUUGACAAGUCCGGCCGCGGCGUGUGCGUGCAGGCGUCGACGCUCGGCUCGCUCGAGGCGCUGCUUGACUUCUUGAAGUCGAGCAAGAUCCCCGUGUCUGGCAUUAAUAUCGGGCCGGUCCAUAAGAAGGACGUUAUGCGCUCGGCGACGAUGCUGGAGAAGGCGAAGGAGCUGGCAUGUAUCCUCUGCUUCGACGUGACGGUUGACAAGGAUGCGGAGAGGCUCGCUGAGGAAAUGGGCAUCCGGCUGUUCAAAGCGGAUAUCAUCUACCACUUGUUCGACGCGUUCACCGCGUACAACGCCGAGAUCACGGAGGCGAAGCGGAGAGACGCUGCUCCUCAGGCUGUCUGGCCGUGUCGUCUCAAGACCAUCGCGGCCUUCUGUAAGCGUGACCCGAUCAUCCUCGGUGUCGAUAUUCUCGAUGGUACACUGCGCGUGGGCACUCCCCUCUGUGUCGUCAAGACCGACCCGGAGACGCAGAAGAAGGACAUCAUCGAUCUUGGCAAGAUCACCUCACUGGAGAUCAACCACAAGUCUCACGACAUCGUCAAGAAGUCGCAAGCCGGUGGUGGUGUCGCCGUGAAGAUCGAGCAUGCGGUCUACCAGUCUGCGAAGAUGUUCGGCCGGCACUUCGACGAGAAGGAUGAGCUCUACAGCCACAUCACACGGCAGAGUAUCGAUGUCCUCAAGACAUCUUUCAAGCAGGACGUCUCGAACGAAGAGUGGCUCCUCAUCAAGGCUCUCAAGCCGGACUGCAACAUGACCUCAGAAGACAUGAACGUCGGGCGAUUGCCCGCCGACGCCGAGCGCGACUCGUCCGGCUCCGAAAACGGCGAAGACGAGCUCCAGCUGCAAAAGCUUGGAUAUAAACAGCAACUUCACCGUAGUUGGCACCUUCUUGAGAGCUUCGCGGCCAGUUUUGUCGCACUCAACUUCAUUGGAGGUGUCCGGUCUGGUAUCUUCCUCGGGCUCGAAGCAGGCGGCCCCUUGGCCGUAUGGACGACCUACAUAGUCUCGAUGAUUUUCAUGUUCAUCACCGCCGCGGUCAUGGCCGAGAUUUGCUCUGCGCUACCUGUCAGCGGGUCGAUCUACGUCUGGAGCGCAGAGAGCGCGGGGCCCAAGUACGGCCGCUUCUUCGGGUUCGUCGUCGCCUGGUGGGCGUGCACGGCCUGGAUGACGUUCUCUGCCUCCUGCUGCCUCACCGCCGCGAACUACAUCGUCUCGGAGCUCAUCGUCUUCGGCGUGAGCUACCCCGACGGGGCGGGCAGCGACUCUAUCAAGUGGCGCGCGCUCGUGUGGGCCGUCUCUGAGGGCUGCUUCGUACUCGCCGUCGCGAUCAACUACCUCCCGCCGCGCCUAUACUCGGCCGUGUUCAAGUUCUCCAUUGGCCUGUAUAUGUUGGACUUUUUGCUGUGCUUGAUUUGGCUCCCGAUUGGCGUCUCGCGGACGUAUGGCUUCAGGUCGGCGAAGGAGGUGUUCACGGGGACAUAUAACUUGACGGGGGCACCGCCCGCGUGGAACUUUAUCCUCUGCUUUUUGUACUCCUCUGGAACGAUGAUUGGCUUCGACGCGUCCGGACAUAUCGCCGAAGAGACCAAAAAUGCCAGUGUCAUCGCAGGCAAAGGCAUCCUCUACAGCGUCAUCGCGACUGGUGUCCUCGGCUUCAUCACCAACAUCCUCUUCCUCUUCUGCACACCUGACCUGGACACCCUCUUUUCGCUCGACGCCCCGCAGCCGUUCGUGCAGCUCUAUGCGCUCGCGCUGGGCAAGGGCGGCGGCGCGUUCAUGACUGCUAUCGCCGCGCUCGGGCUGAUCCUCAACACGAGCGUUUCCAUCGUAGCCGCCUCCCGACUCGUCUUCGCGGUCGCGCGCGACGGUGUGCUGCCGUUUUCCCACUGGAUUGGACAGGUCGACCAUCAGCGCCAGCCGCGCAACGCAGUGACGGUCAUGUUCGUCUUCGGCGCCGCGCUGCUCUGCACGAUCCUGCCGUCGGACGUUGCGUUCACGUCGCUCACCUCCGCGGGCGGCGUGCCGACCACCGCCGCGUACGGCCUAAUCGCGCUCCUGAGGCUCUUCGUCACCCCGGAUGACUUCACGAGCAGCCACUAUUUCUUGGGGAGGUGGAGGCGCCCGGCGUAUAUCGCGACCGCGUUAUUCAAUGGUUUGGUCUUUGCGACUCAAAUCUCGCCGUUCUACUUCCCGGUCACAGCCCAGAGCUUCAACUUCGCCCCAGUCAUCCUCGGCGCCGUCACCAUCUUCGGCGUCCUCAGUUGGUACUUCAUCCCCGCCGACAAGUGGCUCCGCCGCGAGCAAGUCUUGCGCGCACUCCGGAUUGCCGACGAGGAACCGUACGCGGCGGGUAGCUCCGCCGUGGAGGGCAGCUUUGCCAGCGAGAACGCGAGGUACCGCGCUGAGUCUGUAAACGGGAAGGUCAAGGGUGUUGACAUUGACUGA